UCGUUUGGCAUUGAAACAUCGUGGGGCACAUCAUGUUUGAAGCUUCGCAGGCAACAACUAGCCAUGGCUAAGUCUCUUAAACCGUGUAGUUUGUUGUCUUAGCUUGUCGUUAGCUCGAUCAAAGUGUUAAAUAUGUUAACGUCCGCGGCCUGUUCGUGUGUGCGAAACGGGAGGAAAUUCUCGGCCCCUGUUGCUAAGUUGUCCCUCCUCUCGGUGGCUAAGAAGUCACCCAGAGGCCUCCAUCUGACAGGGGUACAAAACCUGACACAAGUCCGGUCAUCCUGGCUCUUCACACCGACUCCCAGGCAGCUGUCAGGGGGACUAACGGUCAGGUCCGUGUCCCUGUCCGCGGCUACGCAGAGGGAUGCGGACCCUCUGGCUGCCCCCUCGGCCCCAGAAGACAGGGAGAGCUUCGGCUCCCUCUCCGCCGACAUAUCCGCCAGGAGGUCGUUCAGGAAAAGCAGCCCAGACACCCAGGAUCUGCGGCACCGAGAGGACGACGAUGCCUGGGCGGAAGAAGAGAAUUCGGACGCAGUUAAAGGUCGCUGGAGGCCCGGGAGGAGAAACACACCGUACUGGUACUUCUUACAGUGCAAGAAGCUGAUCAAAGACAACAAGCUGCAGGAGGCUUUGGAUUUGUUCAGCAGAGAUAUGCUGCAGGGAGAGAGGCUGCAGCCGCAGGAGUACAACUACACCGUCCUGAUAGGAGGCUGUGGUCGAGCCGGACAGCUCAAACAGGCCUUCAGACUCUACAAUGAUAUGAAGAAGCGAGGUGUCGAUGCUGUAGACGCGACCUACACCGCGCUGUUCAACGCCUGCGCUGAGUCACCCUCCAAACAAGCCGGUCUUCAGCAAGCGUUGAAGUUGGAGCAAGAACUCCUGCGCAAAAACUACGCCCUCAGCACCAUCACAUACCACGCUCUUCUCAAGACACACGCCGUCACCAACCACCUUCAGGCCUGCAUUCACACACUCAGGGAGAUGCUGCAGAAUGGACAUGUUGUAACUCAGGAGACGUUUCACUACCUGCUGAUGGGCUGCUUGAAGGACAAAGAGGCAGGAUUCAGACUGGCUUUACAGGUUUGGCGGCAGAUGCUUAAGUCAGGGAUUCGUCCAGACUUCAAGAACUAUAACCUGCUCUUGAGAACUGCAAGGGAUUGUGGGAUUGGUGAUCCUGCACUGGCCACUCGUGUUCUGCUUGGGACUCAGUGGGAGAGCGAGAAAGUGACAGAAUGUGUGUCAAAGGUCAAGUCAGAGUCUGGAUGCAAGGACGUGAUAGACAUUGAACUUCUGGAGAGGCAGUUGUUUAUACAGUCUGCUCCACACAGAGACCGUGAGGAGUCGUUUAGUAGCAGACAAGAAUCCACCCACCUGAUACCAGUCAGACAAACAGAAAACACCUCGCUGCCUGUUCACAUAAUGAACUCCACAGCCCCUAAUCUGCUGGACCUUUUUGAAGGGAGGAAGGGUGCUGUGGUCUCCCUCGGUACUGUGGAUGGAGCGUCAGAUAGGCUCGCCCUGAUCGGGGGAGCUAAAGGUUUUCUGGAGAAGAUGGCAGCUAAUGGACUCAGACCAGACAUCAGGACUCUGACCCUGUUGGCCGAUUCGAUGGAGCCGAGCCACCAGUCUCUGCAGAUGCUGCUGCAGGUCGCCAAGAAGCAUCACGUCAAGCUCGACGUCGCGUUCUUUAACUCCGUGAUCCGCAGAGCAGCCAGGGCUGGUGACAUGGAGGUGGCAAAGGGUGUGUUGAGUGUGAUGCAUCGGCGCAAUGUGAGUGUGGAUGUACAGACAUAUGGAAGCCUCGCACUAGGCUGUGAGCAUAAGAAGGAUGGCCUGCAGCUGCUACAGGACAUGCAGGAGGCGGGACUCAAGCCCAACGUCCAGGUGUUCUCUGCUCUAAUUGGCCGAGCAACUCAGAGACUGGAUUAUAUUUACCUCAAAACACUCCUGAAAAGUAUGAGCGACAUGGAGGUGUGGCCUAACGAGGUCAUCAUCAGACAGCUGGAAUUUGCUGCACAGUAUCCUCCCAACUACAACCAGUACAAGUCCAGAAACAACUACCUGGUCCAGAUUGAUGGUUUUCGUGGUUACUACCAGCAGUGGCUGAGAGCCAUGCCAGCUCAGGAGGCUGAGGGUGAACAGCCAGGACUGCAAAUAGAACCAGACGCUGCAGAGCUGACAACAGAAACUGCAGAUGGACCGACGCAGGCUCAGAGGAUCCAGAGAGCUGCAGAAAGGAGACAUUAUCCUCGUAAAAGGGACAAGACGAGCAGCACUGCUUUGUAACAGCACUCCUGAAGAUAUCUCUGACUUCUCUCCUUGGUCCACUGGUUGUCUGUUUGCAUUCAGCUGUCUAAAACUGAAUGGACUUGGUGUUGAAGUUGUACCUCAUGUACCUCCUUUCAAUUAACUUUGAGCAAUUUCAUCCUAAGCAAAAGAUCAAUGGUAUUGUCAUUUAUAUUGUAAUAAAAGUAAAUUUCAAGUUUCAAUACAGGAUUCUUAUGAAACGUCA